CGGGCCGUGAGCGCCAUGGCCGUGGCCGGGGCCCCCGCAGGCGGCCCAUGCGCGCCGGCGCUGGAGGCCCUGCUCGGGGCCGGCGCGCUGCGGCUGCUCGACUCCUCGCAGAUCGUCAUCAUCUCCACCGCGCAGGACGCCAGCGCCCCGCCGGCCCCCGCCGCGCCAGCUGCCGGCCCCCGCGACCCCGACCUGCUGCUCUUCGCCACGCCACAGGCGCCCCGGCCCACACCCAGCGCGCCGCGCCCUGCGCUCGGCCGCCCGCCGGUAAAGCGGAGGUUGGACCUGGAAACAGACCAUCAGUACCUGGCUGAGAGCAGCGGGCCGGCCCGGGGCAGAGGUCGCCACCCAGGAAAAGGUGUGAAAUCCCCAGGGGAGAAGUCACGCUAUGAGACCUCGCUGAAUCUGACCACGAAGCGCUUCCUGGAGCUGCUGAGCCGCUCAGCUGAUGGCGUUGUUGAUCUGAACUGGGCAGCCGAGGUGCUGAAGGUGCAGAAACGGCGCAUCUAUGACAUCACCAAUGUCCUCGAGGGCAUCCAGCUCAUUGCCAAGAAGUCCAAGAACCACAUCCAGUGGCUAGGCAGCCACGCGGCAGUGGGGAUCGGCGGGCGGCUGGAAGGCCUGACCCAGGACCUGCGGCAGCUCCAGGAGAGCGAGCGACAGCUGGACCACCUGAUCCAUCUCUGCACCACCCAACUGAGGCUGCUCUCUGAGGACGCCGACAGCCAGCGCCUGGCCUACGUGACCUGCCAGGACCUUCGUAGUAUUGCAGACCCUGCAGAGCAGAUGGUCAUGGUGAUCAAGGCCCCUCCCGAGACCCAGCUCCAAGCCGUAGACUCCUCCGAGACCUUUCAGAUCUCCCUUAAGAGCAAACAAGGCCCCAUUGACGUUUUCCUGUGCCCUGAGGAGAGUGCAGGCGGGAUCAGCCCUGGGAAGACCCCAUCCCAGGGGACAGCUUCCGGGGAGGAGGACAGGGCAGUUGACCCUGCCACCACAGUGCCACCGCCAUCAUCUCCCCCCUCGUCCCCUGCUGCGGAUCCCAGCCAGUCCCUGCUCAGCCUGGAGCAAGAACCUCUGCUUUCCCGGAUGGGCGGCCUGCGGGCCCCUGUGGACGAGGACCGCCUGUCCCCGCUGGUGGCGGCCGACUCGCUCCUGGAACAUGUGCGGGAGGACUUCUCCGGCUUCCUCCCUGAGGAGUUCAUCAGCCUGUCCCCCCCCCAUGAGGCCCUCGACUACCACUUUGGCCUUGAGGAGGGUGAGGGCAUCAGAGACCUCUUCGACUGUGACUUUGGGGACCUUACUCCUCUGGAUUUCUGACGGGGCUCGGGGGGACCAGGGCCUCCGGAGAUGCCCACCCUGUCUUUGCAGUCCUGGAGCCCCCUGCCCCUGGCCGUCCUCCCAGCCCGAUUGGAAACGUUUAAUUUAUACCCCUCUCCCCUAUCUCCAGAAGCUUCUAGCUCUGGAGUCUGGCUACUGCCAGGAGGCUGAGCAAGCCAGGAAGGGAAGGAUUCUGUUUGUGGUGUGUAUGUGCAUGCACCUGGCACCCAACAUGUGUGUCCACGGGGUGAGUGGUGUGUGAGCAUGUGUGUGUGCAUGUACCGGGGAAUGAAGGUGAACACAUCUGUGCGUGCACUGAAAACACGCCCCAGUGUGUCCACGUGUGUGUGCAUGAGUCCAUGUGUGCGCAUGGUGGGGGCUCUAACUGCACUUUUGGUCUCCUUGCUCCAGGGGCCCCACGAGGCCCAGGGUGGCCACCUGCCCCCAGAAACCUGCGUGCUGACCAGGCCAGGUGGCGAGGCCUUGGCUUGCU